AUCAUCUCUUGGGCACUCCUCGGGACAGGCUGUCCCGGGGCGCAGGGCACAUCGGGCACUGCUGAUCCCUGGCUGCCUCGGGCAGUGGCUGCUGCAUCUCUGCGCCCUGGUACGGAGGCAGCUCGGAUCUCCCUGCGGGUUCAAAAGUCAAUGUGCAAAUUGAUCUCCUGAAGCCGCCGGGGGUUUGAAUAGCAUUCUUUUAGUCGGGACAGUGGGGAGCAGCCAGUAAAUGGGGCUGCUGUGUGGACAGGAACACACAGCCAGAGUAGUUCACCUCUCCCUGGCUCUUUGGCCUCUCCAAAAACAUUCAGCUGUCUUAUCUGUUGAGAUCAUAAAGUCCUUGGAGCCAGGAUAGUUGCUCAGCACACAUGAUUAAUAAUGCAAAUAACGAUACACUUCCCUGCCAAAACCGAUGGGGAGAUGGCCAUGUUAUGUGUUCGCUCUGUGAAUAAUCUGUGACCAAUCUGAGUGGUUUUGGAGCAAUCACUUCAUCAGCUGUAAAGCCUCAUGGUGCUUUGGCUGCUGUGGUUGGUACAGGUGUCCUGUGGGUAUCUGGGGGAGUGGGCAGUGGGCUGACCUGGCACAGUGCAUUGAGUGCCAGCAGAAAGGCUCAGCCUUGCUGGGACCAUCUGCUACCAGAGCAUCCCCCUCCCCACCCACGCUUCCAAGUGCUCCAACAGCCACAACCGCUCCCUGUCUCUUCUGUUUCAAGGUGGCCGAGAGAAUAAAAUGCCCAUCUUGAUCUCCAAGAUCUUUAAGGGGCUGGCAGCGGAUCAGACCGAGGCGCUGUACGUGGGGGAUGCCAUCCUCGCUGUCAAUGGCACCGACCUGUCCGAGGCCACGCAUGAUGAGGCCGUGCAGGCCUUGAAGAAAACGGGCAAGGAAGUGAUCUUGGAAGUGAAGUACAUGAAAGAGAUCUCGCCCUACUUCAAGAACUCCUCGGCGGGUGCAACUGUUAGCUGGGACCCCUCUCCUGCUGCCCAGCAGAAGCGAUCAUCCCCGCUGCUGUCCCCUCGGGAGCUCCGGGAGAGCCGGAGUGUCCCUCUGAAGAUGUGCUACGUGUCCCGCAAGUGCCUCCCCACCGACCCGGAGCACAGGUACCUGGAGGUUUGCUCGGCGGACGGGCGAGUUGCCCUCUUCCUGCGGGCGAAGGACGAGGCCACGGCGCAGUCGUGGCUCGGCGCCAUCCAGGCCAACGCGGCCGCGCUGCUGCCGAGGGUGAAGGAGGAGCUGCGGGAACUUGCUCUGUGGACGCGCCUGCUGGUGGACGGCACCCACGGCGCCGCCGAGCUGGCCCAGGAGGUGUCGGCAGCCUGCACGUGGAAGGGGCAGGACUGCACUCUGACCGUCCACAUCGACAAGGGCUUCACCAUCUCCACCAGCGAGCCUGGGCUCAGCAGGACCAUCCUGCUCCAGCAGCCCUUCGAGAAGCUGCAGAUGUCCUCGGAUGAUGGCACCAAGAUGCUCUACCUGGAUUUUGGUGGUCCAGAGGGAGAGAUUCAACUGGACCUUCACUCCUGCCCCAAGACCAUUGUCUUCAUCAUCCACUCCUUCCUGUCAGCCAAGGUGACCCGGCUGGGGCUGCUGGCAUGACGAGGGAGCCUAGCACUGGCCAGAGAAUCCCGAACCCUGGGCCCAUCUAUGCACCUCCCUCCUGGCCAAACCCAGCCCUGAGCCAUCCCAAGGAGACUGCAGCCCCCAUGGGAUCACAUCACCUCCACCAAGGAAAAGCACCAUCCAGCCAGGAAAACCCCUCUCAGGGUGUUUGGGGGCAGCGGUGGGGUGAAACCCCCUCUUGGAUGGCAGCACCAGGACUUCUCCGGUGCUUUCUUCCCCCUCCUUCCUCAGCAGCUGGAGAAGCCCGUUGGGAGCUCAUGAGUGGACACAUGGCCAUCACCCCAGUGCCUUGAGAGAUGAUAUUUUCUGUACAAAGAACCCAUUUGUAUCCACGUUUUAUAUUUAUAUUGCCCACUUCAAAACGCUGAUGCGGCAGCUCUUCUGCACCUGGGUUGGUUCCUUCGGAGAGUCCCCAGGUCCUGCAGCACAAGGACCUGUGUCUGUGUUCCAGACAGACAACCCAAGGGCUGGAGGCCAAACCAGCUCUAAAAUGCUUAAGGGACAGGAACUGCAAGAUCAGCUGUAUUUGCCAAAUUUUUCUGUAUUGUAUGGAAUGACAGGAACCACUUUUCUCUGUUGGAGUUGGACGGUUCAUUUAGUUUUGUGCACUCUGGGGUCACUUUAUUUCUCAGUUUGGGGGAGGAUUGUCAGGUGGCUGCUGCGGAAUGACUUCUUUUAUGAACCAAAAGAUUCUGCAUGAAAACGCCUUGUUGGGAGGGUUAAAUAAACUGUGCAGACCACAACCAGCAGGAGCCAA